UCCAACAUGGCGACUCCUGUCGAAGGAAGUUCAAUGAAUUCCACAACUAAACACAAGACUCUUAGCUGUGUGUUUAAAUUAGUUGGGGACCAAAUGACGUCAAUUGAUGUAGCCGUUUUGAAGUUUCUGUAUACGAAGAUAAUGAACGAUGAAUUAAUUUCCAACGUGACGGACGGUUACAGUUUUCUAGUAGCUCUCGAAAAAAUGGGUCGUGUUGACGAAACAAAUUUCAAGCAUAUUUUGCAUUUAUUACGAACAAUAACAAGACACGAUCUUACUCAUCUGGUAAACUUACGGAAGCGUAAGACAGUUGAACUGGAUCCUGUUGACGUGUAUUUAAAUGAAACAGAACAUAAACAGAAAAAUAAUUCGAACAUUUCAAAUGUAGAUAAAGACGAUAAUUCCAAUUUAGAUAAAACUUUUUCAACUAGUGAUAAUAGACCUAGUACGUCACACAGAAAAAGGCAAAGGAAAUCAUGUUCAAUGACAAAAGUAAAAUCUUCAAGAACGGACCAUCAAUUAAAGAAUGUGGAUGAAGAAUUAGAAAUGAAGAAGAAAGAGACAUGUGAUAUAAAAUUAAGGGUGAGAGCUGAAUAUUGUCAACAUGAAAAUGCAUUAGAUGGAAAUAUUUUCUCGAAUAAACCUGAAUUAUUAGAAAGACAAUUUGAAAAAUUUGCUCAAGCAAACACUAUUUUAAAAUCUCGGGACUUAGGCUCUAUUGUGUGUGAUAUAAAAUUUUCAGAGCUAACUUAUUUAGAUGCGUUUUGGAGAGAUUAUAUAAAUGGGUCUUUGUUAGAAGCUCUUAAAGGUGUUUUUAUAACAGAUACAUUAAAACAAGCAGUAGGUCAUGAAGCUAUCAAGUUAUUGGUUAAUGUUGAUGAGGAUGAUUACGAAGCUGGAAGAGUCAAAUUAUUAGCUAAUUUAACUCUCUAGUUAUUAUUAUAUGUCCAUGUUAUUUAUUAUUGUUUUGUUUUUUAUAAAUGGGCCAAGUCUCCGUUCAUAUAUCUUCAUAUUAUCAAGUUUAAGUAGAUACUUAUUUUAACCCUUUGUUGUCCAACUAGUUGUAUGUACAUAUACUCAAGUACAAAUUAAACGGUUAGCUAUGUGAAUUUCUCAAAUAUUUGAUAUCAGAUUUUCUAGAAUGAAAAAGCAUACCCUGUCUUGUUUACAAAUUAAACAGUUAGCUGUGUGAAUUUCUCAAAUAAAUAAAAGUGAUAUCAGAUGUUCUAGAAUGAAUAAGCAUACCCUGUCUUGUUUAUGAUACCAACAACUAUUUAUAACUGUUUACUAGUAUGUUAUUACCUAGUUGACAACCAGUAUAUGAUUAAUGUAUAUUCUGGUGAUGUAGGUCCCUCAAGCAGCCAGAUCAGACCUUGGUGAUGAUAUCUUAUUCAUGAAACAUCAACUAAAACAGUGUAGAAAUAUUGAAUUUUGAUUGAGGACUGAAAUUCGUGUUGAGGUUUUAGUUUUUAACUAAUUAAAAUGAGAUAUACAGUAAUAUCUGAGUUAAAGUUUUCAUAAAAUAAAGAGUUGAGAUAUACCAUACUAAUUAAAAUUAAGAGUUGAGAUAUACCAUACUAAAUGAAAUAAAGAGUUGAGAUAUACCAUUCUAAAUGAAAUAAAGAGUUGAGAUAUACCAUAAAAUGAAAUAAAGAGUUGAGAUAUACUGUACUAAAUGAAAUAAAGAGUUGAGAUAUGUAUAAAAUAGUCUUGAUAAUAUAAAGAUGAUGUUUUUACAUUAGAAAGAUGAAACUCGACCCAUAGAAAAAAAUAAAUGUGCCAUACAUUUUAUUGUGCUAUCAAAAAACUUACAAUACGAUUAUUUCAACUUACCGUGUGUGUUUUAUUGUGUUGGGAGUGUGAGUUUAUACCCUGUCAUUGUUUUAGUCGUAUAAAAUUGUCUGUUCUUAAAUAUCAUAGAUAGAACUACAGACAUCGUGCAGGUUACCACCCUGGGCAUGGAUGCAUCUAAUUCAGGCAACACAUGAUGGUGUAUAAAGUUUUUUUCCUAGUAAUUGCCGGACUUGUUUUAUUUUUACUUAAAGUUACAGCCAUUUAGAUUGUUAAAAUUUUGUAAUUAUGUUCCUUCUGUUGAUAUCCCCAAACAUUUUAACUGAAUAUUAUAGGCUGAAAUUGAUGAACACAUUUAUAUUAUUUGAUGAAUGAUCAUCCAUAUUGGGUAUAGAUAACUGACUAGUAGUAGAAUCAAUACUUCUAUAAGGCAUGUUUUAACCAAAUGGUAGAUUUAAAAUAUGGUCUUGAAGGUUUAAAGAAUAUUGCUGACACAAGUAUUGGGAUAAUUAAAUUCAUGUCAAGGCGAUUAUAACUAGUUUGUCAUACCGAUUAUAACUAGUUUGUCAUGGCUAUUAUAACUAGUUUGUCAUGACGAUUAUAACUAGUUUGUCAUGACGAUUAUAACUAGUUUGUCAUGGCUAUUAUAACUAGUUUGUCAUGAUGAUUAUAACUAGUUUGUCAUGACGAUUAUAACUAGUUUGUCAUGACGAUUAUAACUAGUUUGUCAGUGUUUAUUAAAACAGUUGUUUUAUCUCUUAGCAUUUAUUUAAUUAUUUGAAAUCAGUAAAAUUAUCUCAUAUUGAAAUGGAAACAAACAAAUAAAGGAUUAACACUUUUUAUAAAUCUACAACCAAAACCACACCAAUAAUUAUAACAGAGUUAAAUAACAUUGGAUUAAUUUCUCAACAUAUUUAAAAUGUAAGAUGUGACUACUAGAUAGGAAUGUAUGUUUAAGUGAGUCUCAUAAUAUCUAUUAUAUCAUUGUGAAUAUGUUCAGUUGAUCAUUGUGGAUAUAUUCAGUUGAUCAUUGUGAAUAUGUUCAGUUGAUCAUUGUGGAUAUAUUCAGUUGGUCAUUGUGGAUAUGUUCAGUUGAUCAUUGUGGAUAAAUUCAGUUGAUCGUGGAUAUAUUCAGUUGAUCAUUGUGGAUAUAUUCAGUUGAUCAUUGUGGAUAUGUUCAGUUGAUCGUGGAUAUAUUCAGUUGAUCAUUGUGGAUAUAUUCAGUUGAUCAUUGUGGAGUUGAUCAUUGUGGAUAUAUUCAGUUGAUCAUUGUGGAUAUAUUCAGUUGAUCAUUGUGGAUAUAUUCAGUUGAUCAUUGUGGAUAUGUUCAGUUGAUCGUGGAUAUAUUCAGUUGAUCAUUGUGGAUAUAUUCAGUUGAUCAUUGUGGAGUUGAUCAUUAUGGAUAUGUUCAGUUGACCAUUGUGGAGUUGACCAUUGUGGAUAUGUUCAGUUGAUUAUUUUUAAUUAUUAACAAUCUGUUUAAAAAUAAACUUGUAAUUAUUUAUUCCUUUAUCGUUCUUAAUGUUUACUAUCAUUUAUAAUAUAUUCUCUUCAGUUGAAAUUUAUAAACUUGUUAAAUCUGCUUAACUGUGGGAUAAAAAUUAAUUUAGAUGCAGAGAGUAGACAUAAAUAGAUAGAGAAGUGACUGUUGAACAGAAGUAUAACAGAGUUAGGUAGAAUAAAGUUUGAUAUAUAAGGUUUCAGACCUUGUUAAGGGUUGCAUUAAAUUCAACUUUUAUUCUACCAAAGUCUGCUGAUGUCUUUCUGUUCUAGAUGGACUACCCUAUGUUUUGUUAUAACAUCGUCAUUCUAUAUUCCAUAACUAGUACCACAGUUCUUGCUAAUAUCCCGGUUUAUACAGCUAUACUGAUUCACAUAACCUCAUAGAUUCUAACAAACAAAUUAAAAUAAUUGAAAGAUUUGUGUUUGUAUCUGAAUGAAUUGUUUAUUAUUUACAAGUAUUUAUUAUGAUUUUAAGCAAUGAACGACAAAUAGGGCAAUUUAUCAUUUGUUGUAUUUAUAAUUUAUAUGUUAAUUCCUGCAUAAUGAUGUAAUUAUUUAUUGAUGUUUAUAAUGGACCAACAUAUUCCAUCAUCGUCAUCAUUGAUUAAUCUGCAUGUUGAAAGUGUCAACUGUACACUCUUAAGUAUAUUAGACACUUAAUAAUUAGUGGGGUGGGGGGGGGGGGAUGGUCGAAUGGUUAGCACAUGCGCGUUGUAUCAUAAGGUCUGUAUGUGGCAAGGAGUAGUCCAACCUUGUGGGGUUUUUCCGGGUCCUCUGGUGUCCUCCUAGUUUGUGUCAAAUGGAUGUUAAACCCCAUUUCUCUAUCAUUAAAUAAUUAUUGUUUGAGAAGUUUUAGAGUUUUACACUGCUCACUAUUUUAUUGUAGAAACACUACUACUACUACAAUAUCUACUAAUUGUUAAGCUGAAUUUUGAAAUAUGUAAAGAAAAAUUAUUUAGAUGUAUCUCAAAAUGGAACCAUUCACUUGGAAUAAAUUAUUUGAGUUGAUGACUGUCAUGUUAGUAAGAAAUCUGUCCAUUUUUCAAACAUUUUAUUUAACAACAAUUCUAAUCUUCAUGUUAUGUUAUUUCAUUUUUCAUGUCAAUUGAAAUGUGAAAAUCAUUGUAAAAAGAUGACAAGAAGAUAGAUGUUGAACCUCUGGCUUUGUCAGUCCACGAUUUAACAAAGUUUUCAACAUUUAAUUAUUUUACCUGUUAACAAAUCAAAUAGAGAUCAGUGGUGUCAUUAAUCUCAACUUUAAAUGAACUGAGUUAUUUGAUAAAGUGAGUUAUUUGAUAAAGUGAGUUAUUUGAUAAAGUGAGUUAUUUGAUAAAGUGGGUUAUUUGAUAGAGUGAGUUAUUUGAUGAAAUGAGUUAUUUGUUAAAGUGAGUUAUUUGAUCAAGUUAUUUGAUGAAGUGAUUUAUUUCAUAAAGUGAGGUAUUUGAUCAAAUGAGUUAUUUCAUAAAGUGAGUUAUUUAAACACUUGUUAACAGUAUUUGAGAAACUGGUUAUAUAUAAUUUACACAGCUUGGUUAUAAUCAAACCUCAUACAGGGAGGAGUAUGAUUCAUGUUUUGUGUAGUUUUUUUGUUGAAAGAAUAAACUUUCAGACCCCUUUCAGGAACUAUAUGUUGUUAUAAAAUCAAGUGUUAUAACUCUAAAAUUAAAUACCGGUACAUGCUCAAAUUCAAAUAAAUUAUUAUCACCUUGCGUUCCUUUAAACUCCAUCCACAGUUCAUUUAUUUUACAGUUUAUGUAAUAUCUAACCUAGUCAACAUGGAAGCUAAUUGUAAUUUUGAUGUAUAUGAGGUUGGGUUUUAGAUAAUUCUCUUCAAUGAUCAGAAUCCUGGUUGUUUGUGCUGAAAUGCUGCUAAGUUCUAGUUUAUUACUUGAAAUUGGUGGCAAGAAGACAAUAAUUGUAAUGUCAUACAUGUUGUUAUAAAGUUUCAUGACGUUUCUCAGUGCCGAUUGUUUAGUACUGAGGUUUAUCAUGACGUUUCUUAGUGCCGAUUGUCAAGAAGUGAGGUUUAGAAGAUUGCUUACAGAAAUACAAGUUGUUGAUAAAAUAUAGAGCCUGAAUGAAAGUAAUACGAGUUGUUGAUAAUAAUAUAGAGUCUGACCUGAAUGAAAGUAAUAUUAUUAUUAUUCAUGUAUAUUGUAUUUCAUUUAGUAUAAAAACAUCAUUGGUAUUAAAUUAUCAGAUCUCUACUCAAA